AUGGUGUCUGCAGUAGAACCAAUGUCUGAACAGGUGGAGGAGAGCCGUAGUUAUAUUGAUCAUCUCUACUCACCCCAGCCUGAGAAGUGCCUAGAGGCUUUGAUCUGUCUCAAGAAUGUUAUAAUUGGGAGUAAUAACGAGAAACGAAGUGUGGUCAGGCAAGGGAUAGUCCCUCAUCUCUUGAGAAUCCUGUUGGAUCAGGCCACUCCAUGUGAUUUGCAGGCUGAAGUCAUCAUUGUCCUUGGUUCUCUUGCCAAGGGCACUGAGGAAUGCAUUAAAGAACUGAUUACUCUCAACAUUGUUCCAAUACUUGUUACAAAGCUGAAUAGUCCUAUGCCAAGAGUAGUUGAGUCUUCCUUAUGUUGCCUGAGAACCAUCCUCCAAUGGCCACAGGCUCCAGUGGAGCAUAUUUUCACUGAGCCUGGAUUGGUGGUUCAUCUCAUUAAUCUCAUACCUCGUUCAAUGCUGGUACAAGAGUGUGUAGCCCUUAUCCUUUCGGCAUCUUGUAAGACUCGAGAGCAGCAAAUGAUCCUUUGCAGCCAUGGUUUGAUCUCAUCCUUGGCUGCCAUGCUCUGCUCUCCAGCUUCAAAAGUCCAAAAGGCAGCUGCUGAUUGUUUAGCUGCUGUUUGUCUCCAGAACCGGGAAGUCUCGGUACUUGUGGUUGAUAGUACCUAUGGUGGGAAAGGUGUUCCUGAUCUUCUUGCUGAAUUAAUCAGUCGAGACAAGCCUGCUGCAAUGCAGCUGGCAGGUGCCAAGUGCCUGACUCAUCUCCAUUGGGCAGGAGCUCUGCGAGGAGAUGAUCACCGGAUCAAAUAUAAGACUCUGCCAACACUCAUUCGUAUGUGCCGCUCUGAUAGAACACCUGAGGAAAGAGUCAUUGCAGCUGAAACUCUGGCUAUCCUCAUUGAAGUUGAUAUUGACCUCCAGCGGAUAUCUGCAAUUUCAGAUCACAUAAUCCAAAAUCUAGCUGAGUACUUCAAGUUUCAGUUGAGCACACCUCAUAUUCCCCCACAGCUGACUCAGUAUCAUGCUUCACAGAUGUCCAAGGCAUUGGACCAGGAGAUGAAGAUCUCAGAGGAUCUGACUCAGGCUGCUUUCAAGGCCUAUGCUUCUCUGGCAGCAAAUGAUGAGGACAUACGAAAGCGCAUCAUUGAGGCAGACAAUCUUAUGGAGCACAUUGUCCAGGCGUUGAAAGAAGGAAGCCCAAAAGUCAAGUUGGCAGCUGUACGGUGCUUGCAUUCGAUUUCACGGUCAGUCCAACAGCUCCGAACCACCUUUCAGGAUCAUGCAGUUUGGAAACCACUAAUGAACUUGAUCCACAAUGCUUCAGAUGAUUUGCUAGCUGUAGCAUCAUCUACACUCUGCAAUCUACUCCUUGCCUUUUCGCCUUCAAAGGAGCCAAUACUUGAAUCAGGGGCCGUAGACCUUCUUUAUAAUCUGACAAAGAGAAAUGAGCCUGCCCUGCGACUGAAUGGGAUCUGGGGCCUAAUGAACAUGGCCUUCCAGGCAGAGCAAAGAAUUAAGUCUCAAAUUCUGAGCACCCUUGGAGCCGAUCACAUCUUUCGACUACUGUCUGAUACAGAUGUUGCAGUUCUCAUGAAAACUUUGGGAUUGCUGAGGAACUUGCUGGCCACAAAGCCGCAUAUUGACUACAUCAUGGCCUUACAUGGUCGUCAGAUCAUGCAGGCAGUUGUUCUUAUUCUGGAAGGUGAUCAUCCAGCAGAAGUCAAGGAACAAGCUCUCUGUAUUUUGGCCAACAUAGCUGAUGGUUCUUCAGCCAAGGAUUUUAUCAUGUCCAAUGAAGAUGUCCUCAAGAAGCUGAUGAACUACAUGAUGCAUUCCAAUGUGAAGCUGGCCACAGCUGCCACGUUUUGUGUCUCCAACUUGAUAUGGAAUGAAGAUGAUGGUGCAUUGGAACGUCAGCAGCGCCUGAGAGACAUGGGCAUCUACAAACUGCUCCAGCAACUUCGCUCAACCUCAGACACAAUCCUGUUUGACAAAGUGAAAACUGCCUUGCAGCAAUUCUUGUAA